GAGCCACCCGAACAGCCAGCUGCAGCUAGCUGCUUGCAGUGACUACAUUUCUGGCACCAAGCAGCCGGUUCGACACGCAUCUCAUCCCCUCCUCCUCCUCCAGGCUGCGGCGGCGGCCUUACAGAGAUAUAUAUAUAUAUAUAUUUAUAUAUAAAGAGAGAGAGAUAUUUAGCUUUCUUGUUUGUUUUUUUGACCGUCAAAAUGAGUCAGGAUGUGAUGGAGUGCUUGUGCUGCCAUCGCUAGCUAGACGGACAAAAUUCCUUCGACCCGCCGCGCGUGUUCAAUCACUGCGGGGUUGUGGCACCGCGUUAGCCGAGGCGUCGUCGUCGUCGUCGGGGCGAAGCUAGCGGCGCUAGCGAGGCGGCGUUCGCGGCCGUUACGUCUGUUUUCAGCCGACGUUAGCUCGUGUAGUUACUCGGGAGAGCGGACAGAGCAACAACCGUUAUCAUUAUUGUUAGCUUCUUUUUUUUUUUCCUUGUUUUUUUUUAGCAACGACUAGUAGCUCGCGAAUUAGUCCGAGAGCCUCCACAGACGUCCGCCGUUCAACGGGGGUUGGAUGUCGCGCUGUUUUCAGCCACUUCGGGGCGGAUCGCGAAUUGUGCCACAGUGACAGGAGAUCGAGUCGGACCACGGAGAGAUCGAGGGGGUUAACGGUAGGAACCAGGUGUCGAGUGGCUAAUCUGUUGCGGUGGGGUUUUUUUCAAGCAGCGCAUCUCGCGAGGCCCCGCCGCCUCCUGACUCCCCUCCCCUGUCCGAGUCUCCAGCGGUUUGCCGAGCACGCCCGGGCGAAGUCGCAGUUCUCGGCUGGGGGGGGCAACUUGACAGCGAGGCCCCUAGCUUAGUCUCCCCUCCCCCCCCCCACCCGAGUCCCGUCCAUCCAUCCAUCCAUCCGUCCGUCCAGCCCGACACGCCGCCGCUGCCGCCGCCUCCUCCUCGCCCGAGACAGAAGCGAGGACCGGGGGGGGGGAUCCGGGACAGGGAGCCGAGAGCGUGGGCGAGUGUUCCGUCGGGUCCCGUCUGAACCGGGCUGCCAACCACCCGAGGGGAUGACUCUGGAGUCCAUGAUGGCUUGUUGCCUGAGCGAAGAGGCGAAGGAGUCGAAACGGAUCAAUGCCGAAAUUGACAAACAACUCCGCCGAGACAAGCGGGACUCCAGGAGGGAGCUGAAACUACUUCUCCUCGGUACGGGAGAAAGUGGCAAGAGCACCUUCAUCAAGCAGAUGAGGAUCAUCCAUGGAGCCGGAUACUCAGACGAAGAUAAGAGGGGCUUCAUCCGGCUUGUUUACCAAAAUGUCUUCACCUCCAUGCAGGCCAUGAUCCGCGCCACUGAGACCCUGAAGAUCCCGUACAAAUAUGAACAGAACCGGUCCAAUGCCAUGCUGGUGAAGGAGGUGGACAUUGAGAAGAUCGCCGGGUUUGACACACCCUACAUCGUAGCUAUCAAAUGCUUGUGGUCCGACCCGGGGAUCCAGGAGGCCUACGACCGCCGCAGAGAGUACCAGCUGUCUGACUCCACUAAAUAUUACCUUAGCGAUUUAGACCGUGUGACCGCGGAGGGAUACGUCCCCACCCAGCAGGAUGUGCUGCGGGUCCGUGUGCCCACAACGGGUAUAAUAGAGUACCCGUUUGACCUGGAGAACGUCAUCUUCAGGAUGGUGGAUGUAGGGGGUCAGAGGUCCGAGAGGAGGAAGUGGAUUCACUGUUUUGAGAAUGUCACCUCCAUUAUGUUUCUGGUGGCGCUGAGCGAGUACGACCAGGUCCUGGUGGAGUCGGACAAUGAGAACCGUAUGGAGGAGAGUAAAGCUCUGUUCAGGACCAUCAUCACCUACCCUUGGUUUCAAAACUCCUCCGUCAUCCUCUUCCUCAACAAGAAGGACCUGCUGGAGGAGAAGAUCUCCUACUCACACUUGGUGGACUAUUUCCCCGAGUUCGAUGGUCCCCAGAGAGAUGCACAGGCGGCGCGGGAGUUCAUCCUCAAAAUGUUUGUGGACCUAAACCCAGACAGCGACAAGAUCAUCUACUCUCACUUCACUUGUGCCACGGACACUGAGAACAUCCGCUUCGUGUUUGCAGCUGUCAAAGACACCAUCCUACAGCUCAAUCUCAAAGAGUACAACCUGGUGUGAGGGCUCGCGCUGUGAUGCACAUCUCCUCCCCCAUUGCACAAAGGCACACCUCCUUUGGGAGUGUGCGCUCGGCUCCACAUGCAUCACACACACACACACACACACACACACACACACACACACACACACACACACACACACACACACCAUGCCAACAAUCACACACACACACACACACACUCACACACACUAACACAUACACACUAAAACACACAGACCCCCUCCUUUCCCCCCACCCAGUACAGUACAUUCACAGAUCCUCCCACCUGCAAAUGCCGCCCCCGCUCUUUCACCAAAGCUCGCCCUCUUCUUCUUCACUUGGCAGCUUGUUGUGUCAGAAUCCUUCGCUCCUCGCAAAGCUGCUCCGUGUGUCAGAUUUGGCUGCGGCUGCUGGCUCUGGCACAUUUAAUCCGGCACACAAACUUUUCACACGAGCUGUACAGUGACUGAAGGAGACUUUGGUGUGUGUGUGUGUUUUGUUUGCGUUUGUGUGUUUGGGGGCAGCAUUAACUAGCAAGGAGCUGUGUUUUGGUGAAUAGCACUAUCGAACCCCUUUGGCCCCACGGAGUUGACCCUCAGCGGUGCAAGAUCAGAUCCUCCAUCAUCUCCUUUCUGAGCUCCUGCCGGUGGAAGGGAAGUAAAAAACUGCAUCUCCUCCAAAACCGCCAAUCACAAGUGGCUGGACGCUGAAGACGAUAGACCGCAGAGCGUCUCAGACGGGGUGUGAGGUUGCACACGGGACACAAGAGGGACGGGUCUGACAAUUCGUUCCCCACCUCGCACCUAUGAAUGUACCCACCAGUGUGAGCAUCGCAGUUGAAAAAAGAAAAAAAAAGAAAUAUAUAUUAUGAAGUAAAUGCAUAUGUAAACACACUUAAGACAAAAAGCACGAGAGGGCAAGACAUAGCUAAUCAAAAUCUGUUCAUUGCUGAGAUUUUUUAAAUGUUUUUAAUGAUAGAAAUUUGUUGCUACGUCUACUUCUAUUACACAGAUAAUGGCUUAAUGGAAUGGUGAUAAGAAAAGGUGAGAAAAUCUACAAAAAAAACAAACAAACUUUUAAACAAAGACAUAUUAAAAAGAAGUAACCAGAAAUUUACUUCACAUAAGGAUCAUUUUAAGAUUUCUGUGUUUUCACGUUUAAGUUAACCACACGGCUUCCCUCCUCCAGAUGUUUUUUCUGUUUGGAUCCGCAGGGACAAAUCCCCCGUGUGUGACCGUAUCUGACUCCAACCCUACACCCUUGUUACAGAAACACCGGUAGCGGGUGAGAGGACCCUGCUUUCCCCACAAGCUCUGCUGUGAUUGGUGGAAGCAGGUUUUGAGAGGGGGGUAGUGUGAUGUCAUCAGUGUUUUAUCAGCCAGCAGAGCACAUCUGCAUCCCGGGCUGCAAGUAGCUUAUUCAACAAAACAAAAAGCUGUAAAUGAAACAUGCUCACGCCCCCGGGGUGUGCGGAUAGAAUCCAUAUCUGAUGACGUCACACCUGCGUCACACGGCCGUCCAAUUGGACACACUUCCUGAUGGUGACCCAGUCAUCCAUUUUAUCAGGAUGUGCCUGUUAGGUUUUUUUGGUUUUUUUACUGUAUAGUCACUUUGUUUAUAAAAAGAUUGCUUGCUGUUGAGUGGUGAAGGGGGGGGCUAUGAUCCUUUCACAGAAAACGCACUCGAAAGUCCGCUAACGUUGUUUGUGUAUAUUUGUUUGUAAAUACAUAUACACAAAACACUCCUGUACAAAAAAAUAAUGCUCUGUGGUACACCAUCUUUGGCAAAAAACAAAAACAAAAAAAAAUUACCAAAAAAAAUACCUAAACUAUCAACUUCUUUCAUUAGCACACAGUUUUUCCUAUGGAUAUAUGGUAGUAUUGAUACUGUGAUUAUGGAUUUUGUUCACUUGAUUAAUAGGACUACGCAGAGCUGAGUGGUGCUGAGGAAAACGAUUGGCACGGAGUAAUAGUCAAGAGAAAAUAGGCUCCUCCUAACCAGCCUCACGACUCCACACUACUGCAACAGCUCUGCCUCCAGAGUCAUACUAACUAGGGCUGGUAAAAAAAAAAAAAUCUUCACAGUAUGGUGACAAGAUGAUUUUAAGAGUAAUUAAAGAUUUUUUUUUUUAUUUAUCUAAUUUAUGGACCAGGUUUGAAGGUGUUGUUAAUUUGACUGCUUAUGAUUCUGUCAUGUUGAAGUGCUCCUUUUCUCACGAUGGAGCCUACUUGAGUCUGAACUGCUGUAAAAAAAACACAAAAAAACACACGAAUGUCUGGUUAUAGUAAGGACUUUAUCUCUGCUUCUAUUUCUUAUCGAGACGUUUCCAGUUGUAACUUGCCAUCACAUCUCCAUCCAUUUAUAAUACCGUUCGGUUUCUUUUGAAGCCCUCACAUUUUGUUUUGAUUUUUAACAAAAAAAAACAAAACAAAAAAACAUGUAACUUGUAUUUCCUCUCGGUUUAUAGACGCAGCGCUGUAAUGCAUACCUAGAAAAAUGUACAGUAUGAACGUAGGUGGACUUUUUCUUUUCUUUUUUUAAAUCAGUGAUCGAAGACCUACAGGGUCGAUGCUUGCUAUUUGUAAUUUAACACACUAAAAAAAAAUUAUGUUGUCCAUUUUUUUGCAUCGUUAAUUUCCACGUUUUUUGAGGCUUGCUUCGAUAGUGCCAGUGAAGUGCAGAUACUUUUUUGGUCUUUGACCUUUUCUACAGGUGACUUAUCCUUCAUCCUCAUUAAGGGCUAUCACAGUGCAUCAGACAGUGGGGGAGUGGAGCACAGGACCACAUUGAACCAAGUCAUCCACUGCUAAAUCUUGUGUGUAAAUGAGAGAUUACCUGCAGUAUGUGCUGUAGGAAGAAACGGCAAGGUGUUGAUGCAAACAGAUCUCGGCCCUUUUGGUGAAUUUGACCCAGUGUCUGGCUCUCUGACCUCCACCACGUCAUGCUGUCACACGGUAUCACAGUGUUACCUGUUGCACCUCUCGCCGUGUAGGAACACGUAUCGCUAAAGACACUACCAGGACAAGUAUUGCAUUUUCCUCCCAAGUAUUUUGAGUUGUACCAGAUAGCCAAGUGAUCCUAACGACCAAUCGGGUGUGUUUGCGUAUUUUAAACCCAUUAACUACAAAUCUGUGUUGUUCAGCAUUUUUUCAGUUCAUAGAUUGAUUUGCUACUAUCCAGGCAGCUGCUGGUUUCUGUUAGUGCCACUAAGGUUUUGAAAACUGACUGUUGGAACAUGCUUGUGAGAGACGUUUAGUCAAACUUCUUUUGUUGUGGUGGUGGUGGUGGUGAUGAUAAUGCAGUGAGCAGGAUGUGGAUGCUUUUCAAAGAAGCUCUGACAUCAGGGUUUUGAUAAUUGGUUGCCAUAGACGUAUCAGAAAGCUGCUUCAUUUCUAAGAUCAAACGAAAAAGACAAACAUGGAAGUUGUGUAAUGCAUAAUGGGUGUUUGGUCAUUUUUUAGCAGCUGCAUCCCCAAAUCCUGCGAUUGUUUUCAGAAGAACACGAAUGUACAAAGUACCAGUCCAACUAAUUGGGGAAGCUUAAAAUGUGUAUACCUCACUUUACAAAAACUGAUUUAUUUAAAAAAACCCACUACGUUUUAUAAUGACACUGACAGAGAAUCUGUGGUCGAUUAGUUGCGUCCUAAUCGCCAAAAUUUUUUGCAAUAUCCGGGACAAAUAAACAAUGUCAUUUUUGUUGGGGGUCAACCAACUCAGUGGAGUUUAUCACUCGUCCAGAAUCUUAACUGCGUUUCCGUGUAACGUUUUCACAUCUCCAACUGCACUGGGAAAAAAAGGAAAACUGCCUACUAACUUAAAAUAUAUACUUCAAUUGGUAACGCAUUCAUAAGUUAAGUUAGUUCAACUCAAAGUUAACACGUUAAGCCUGUUGAUAACUUUUAAUUUGAACAAAUCUGAUUCAUUUGUGUUACGAAUUGAUGUAUUUCUUUUAAGUCCGUACGCGAUUUUCUUCUUUCAGUACAGUUUCAGAUCACUCCAGGCUGAUUCUCAACUUAAGACUGCCAGAAAAAUAGAAAAUCUUUUGGGGGGAGUUAAUGAAUUAAGUUAAUGGGGCUAAGAUAUAUUUCAGAAAAUACCAGUGUGUUCCUUAACUGCCAUUUUGUCUGCUGUUAAAAUGACACUAGCCUUGUGCGGAGGGAGCAGACGGCCAACCUUUAGACAGCUGUCGUACAAGAGAGUCCGGACGCCAGUAUUGAAGUGGAACGAUUAUACCAGUUAUGCUUACCCAAGUAUUUAUCAAUGGUUGUGUUAAGAUUUACCGUGUGUUGAGUGCAGCUUAACUUUAAUAGUGACGAAGCGAUGUUGUAUUUUUUUAAACUUGACACUACAACUCUGGCACGUGGCGAAGGGCUGGCUGGCUUUCAGUGUGAGUGUGGUAGUUUGUUAGCAGCCCGUCGUUGCGGUGUGUUUGGCGACACGUAUUAAUCUCACCUUACACGAGCUGGGAAAGAGGGAAGGCAGUUGUGUGUGUGUGUGUGUGACACUUAAAUCCUCCUCAUGCUUUCAUUCUUGUCCAUUUUUUUUUAACUACCCAGUGAAAAGUCUGGACUGGUUUUUCCACUACAAUUCUCUCUUUAUUUAUUGCCUUUCAUUGCCUUGAAUAAUGACGGAUGGCGUCGCCGGACCGUUACGGUUUUCGGAGGCUGCGUGAUGUCCCUUCUUUGUGGGCUUGUUGGAAUUAGUCCAAACAAAGUUAUCCCUAGGACUUCAGUAUGGAGUCGGUGCAUUUUCAAAAAAAAUUAACUUGUUCCCUCUACCUUUUCUGUUUUUCAUUUUUACCAGAACACUAUUAUUUUGGACCACAUGAUUUAUUUUUCCUCACUCCAAUGAAACCUGGAGGUCAAUGUGUAGUGGUGUAUAAAAUGCUGUUGUUUUUUUCCCCCUGCUCUUUAUUUUGUAUCUAAACCAAAUGUAAAUUAUGUAUUAUACUGAGUGUGCCAUCCCCACUCAUCUAGAGCCAGGCUCUCUCUUAAGUGCCAACGCUGUGGUCAUCAUCAGGACCACCGCCCGAGCUGGUCCCCCCGUUUUAAAUCAAACACACCAGAGACUAAAAGGAUAUGAUUAAGUACACGAAGACUUCAUUUCUGUAUUUAAGAUUGAAGAUUUAAAAGAUAAUCUGCUGUUUUUUUUGUUUUUUUAAAGAAACUGUAAUUAUAAUUGCAUGUGCUGUUUAUUUUGUGUUGGAAGUGAGGGCUUGGAUGUUUUCAUUGAAGCAGAGCUCUUGAUAAAGGGGGUUCGAUCAGUUGGUUAUUAUCGAUUUAUUGAUUUACAUAACUCUUGCCAUAUUUUUUUUUUUAAUGUGUUUCAUGUAUUUGUUUCAACCACUGUUGCCUGAUCCUCAUUCAAACAUGAACAUGACUUAUGAUCAUUAUCGCCUUCUAAGAGAGAAACAUAAUGACAAGGUAUCUGUUUUAAAUUGAAAUAAAUUUGUUCCUAUACUUGC